AUUCCCUUCUGUCCUUUCUUUGUUUUUAAAGAAAGCUCUGAUUUUGUUUCAUUUUCAGCUGGAGACUUAAAUGACACCAAGCAAAGCCUACUUAGUUUAGAUUUCCAGAAAUUGGCUGGUGAAAAAAAAUCAAACAUGAAGAUUGCAGUUUUGUUUUGUUUUUUUCUGCUUCUCAUUUUUCAAACUGACUUUGGACAAAACGAAGAAAUUCCUAGGAAGCAAAGGAGGAAGAUCUAUCACAGAAGGCUGAGGAAAAGUUCAACCUCAUACAAGCACAGAUCAAACAGACAGCUUGGAAUCCCGCAAACAACAAUUUUUACACCAGUAGCAAGAUUUCCUGUUGUUAACUUUGAUUACGCACUGGAGGAAAAGUUUGAAUCCUUUUCAAGUUUUCCUGGAGUAGAAUCAAGUUAUAAUGUGUUACCAGGAAAGAAAGGACACUGUUUGGUAAAGGGCAUAACCAUGUACAACAAAGCUGUGUGGUCCCCUGAGCCCUGCACUACCUGCCUCUGCUCAGAUGGAAGAGUGCUUUGUGAUGAAACCAUGUGCCAUCCCCAGAGGUGCCCCCAAACAGUUAUACCUGAAGGGGAAUGCUGCCCUGUCUGCUCUGCUACUGAACAAAGAGAACCUACCAAUUUACUUCAUAAGCAACUGCCACCUCCUCAGGUGGGAAUGGACCAAAUAGUAAGAAAAGCAGCACUUCAAUCUGAGGAGGAUGAAGCAAUGAAAGAAGAUACAGAGCAAAAGAGAGAGCCCCCUGAAUCUAGAAAUCAGAGGCAGCUUUACAGUGAGGGGGACAGCAGAGGAGGAGACGGAAAGCAGAGGUCUGGAGAGGAGAGGAGGCUGGCACACCAGCAGCAACGCCAAGGAAGGGAGGAAGAGGAGGAGGAGGAGGAGGAGGAGGAGGAGGAGGAGGAGGAGGAGGAGGAGGAGGAUGAGGAGGAUGAGGAAGACGAGGAGGACCCGGUAAGAGGAGAUACGUUCCGAAUGCCCUCUCGAUCCCCACUUCCUGCUCCUCCCAGAGGCACACUGCGCCUGCCAAGUGGGUGCUCUCUGUCCUACAGGACCAUCAGCUGCAUCAACGCCAUGCUCACCCAGAUACCACCACUAACAGCACCACAGAUAACAAGUCUGGAGCUCACUGGCAAUUCCAUCGCCUCCAUCCCAGAUGAAGCAUUUAAUGGAUUACCAAAUUUGGAAAGGCUUGAUCUGAGCAAAAAUAAUAUCACUUCUUCAGGCAUAGGUCCAAAAGCAUUCAAGCUUCUGAAGAAGUUAACGCGUUUGAAUAUGGAUGGAAAUAAUUUGAUACAGAUUCCUUCAGAAUUGCCAUCUACAUUAGAAGAACUUAAAAUCAAUGAGAACAAUCUUCAGGCUAUUGAUAAAGAAAGUUUAUCAGACUUAUAUCAACUGGUCACCUUAGAACUGGAAGGAAAUAAUCUCAGUGAAGUCAAUGUCAAUCCUUUAGCUUUCAAACCUUUGAAGAGCCUAGCCUACUUGCGUCUGGGAAAAAAUAAAUUUAGAAUUAUACCACAGGGUCUUCCUGCUUCUAUUGAGGAAUUAUACCUAGAAAAUAACCAAAUUGAAGAAAUAACUGAAAUUUGUUUCAAUCAUACCAGAAAGAUCAAUGUCAUUGUACUACGUUAUAACAAAAUUGAAGAAAAUAGGAUUGCUCCUCUAGCCUGGAUAAAUCAAGAAAAUCUAGAAUCCAUUGAUCUCUCGUACAACAAGCUCUAUCAUGUCCCCUCCUAUCUACCCAAGUCCUUGCUGCACCUCGUGCUCCUCGGGAACCAGAUUGAACGGAUCCCUGGCUAUGUGUUUGGUCAUAUGGAACCAGGCCUGGAAUACUUGUACCUGUCAUUUAACAAACUUGCUGAUGAUGGCAUGGACCGUGUCUCCUUCUAUGGGGCAUAUCAUUCCCUGAGAGAAUUAUUUCUGGAUCACAAUGACUUAAAAUCUAUACCACCUGGGAUACAAGAAAUGAAAGCACUACAUUUUCUGAGGCUGAACAACAACAAGAUACGGAACAUUCUUCCAGAAGAAAUUUGCAAUGCUGAAGAGGAUGAUGACUCAAAUCUGGAACAUCUUCAUCUUGAAAACAAUUACAUUAAAAUUAGAGAAAUACCAUCUUACACAUUUUCAUGCAUAAGAUCAUAUUCAAGUAUUGUUCUUAAACCACAAAAUGUCAAGUAAUUCCAAGUUUUCCUUUACUGUUCAUAAACUUUACUCAUGUAUUUGUAGUAGCUGCAUUUGUCAUUAACAAGAGAGACAUAAUCCUCCUGUUAUUCUCAGUAUCAUUAUAUGCUAGUCAAUCUGAUUCACUAAUACACAGAUGUACAACCAAAAUAUACCUAAAAGGCGUAGUCUCUAGGAGUUUUAUAAGGUAAAAUCUCUCAGUUUCUCACCUUUAGAAAGAGGCCAUCUCACUAGAAUAGGAUAUUAUGCAUACUGAGCUAGACCAGAAGAGUCUGGAACAAAAUAAACACAGCCUUUAUAAUCAACUUGAGUACUGGUGUUAGCUGAGAACUCUGUAAGUCCCUUUAAAAAUUAUGUAUCUUUUGGUUCAAGAUUAAGAAGCAUAAUGACAAGAAAAAAAGCAGGCAGAAUUUAUGAAUAAGUGUUUAUUAUUCUGUUAAAACAACAAUUUGUUAAUUUCUUGUAAGGCCCUGGGCUAUAAUUACUGGUAUAAAUAUAACUAAGUAUUGGGGUAGCUUUCAUUUCUUUCAUUAAUUACAUGUGUAAAAUGAAAACACUACUGUAAUAUUAAUUUCCAGUUUUGAAAAUCGUAUUAUGGUUAUGUACAUUGUUAACACUAAGGAAAGCUGGCAGAAGGGUGUGCAUGAAUUCUAUACAUUUUUGAAACUUUUCUAUAAUUCUAAAAUUAUUUUUUAAAGUUAAACAGUAUAUUAAGAUUACCUUCACCAUUCUUUACUCAAGAUUAAAAUAUUUUUUGAAAAGCAGUAGAGUUUGCUUAAAAUACAAGUUAAUUAUUCUUGACUAUAACCUUGUAAAGGUAAAUCUAAUGUAUAAAUUUUUGCACCACAGGUCAUAGCAUCUAUCUCCUUUGCCUUAAUUUACUGAAAUAUAUCAUUUUAUUCCGUUCAAUUGAACAUAAAGCUAUGUCUUUACUAUGUAUUGGCCCUACCAAAAUCAUAUAUUAAAAAAUUUUAACAUAAUGA